AUGACGUUCAAAUUAUUCGGUUGUUGUAUUUUUGUUUCAUUAUUUUUUGCUUACAUUGUUUGUGUAGAAGAUAUCAAGAUAUCUUCAAAACAAACGGAUCAGCGAAUUAGCUUGGUGAACGAAUUGAUGGAACAAUGUUUUAAUAUUCAAGCGAGUAUUUUGAUAACUGAUUCUCCGAGCAAUUCGCUUGUUAAUGAACUUUAUGAAAGUAUACCGCAAUCUGUGUUAUUUCUUAACAAAUCAGCAAACUACAACAUACCGACAAAUCAAAAUACGCCAGUUCCUUCGAUUAUUAUGAUAUUGUCAUCACCUGCAGCAAUGGAACAGGUUCUUGUUAAUGAAGCAUGGCGAAAUUUUAAUCAAUACUUCAUAAUUUUGGACGAAAAUAAUGGUAACGGAUGCGUUAGUGCUCAAUCAUUUUUGAUGGAAGCUUGGAAAAAUGAUAUACUCAAUGUUGUCUUCAUUUGCUUGGAUCAUCAGAAUCAAAUUCCGACGAUUUAUAGCUUUAAUCCUUUUACGAGUUCCGCCCCAAUGUCUUGGAUGAAGAUUUCAGUGGUCUCGGCAAUCAAUAAUCAUUCGUGGACUUUGUUCAGUCAAAACUAUAUUGCUGGUGACACUUUAUGCUCAGACUUAUUUUAUAAAAAAACUGGAAAUCUUGGUGGGUACGAAUUUGAUGUACUUGUUGAUUAUAAAGAACCAUAUAUAUGGUAUACCAUUAAUAACGGAGUCAUAAAUUUUGAAGGCUUUGAUUAUGAAAUAAUGAAGUUACUCGUAUCAAAACUUAACAUGAUAUUACAAGUUUUUUUCGUAACUCGGAACGAGAGUAGCUGUUACUUUAGGAUUAUUUUUUUCGAGGGGGGGUAUAGUUUGGGAGUAAACUCUAUUCGUAUGAAUGUUCCUAACACACUUGGAGAAAUGACACACCCAUUUUAUCAAGCAGGAUUCAGUGUAAUUACUCGAUCUAGGGAAUUAAAAGGGCUUCAGGAAUAUUUAUUCGAUUUCUUACCUUUAUCUAUUGUUUUAUCAUUUUUCAUCAUAAGUGUUGUAAUUUUCAUACUCUUACGUUACUUAUUGAGAGAUCCAUAUUCGCGAAAUUUUAUUGACAUUAUACUAUUUUUUCUAAAUCUCUCAUUGCCCAGAUUACCGGUCACUAUUCGGGGAAGAGUAUUGUUUGGUGCAACAUUUUUGAGUUUUACAUUUGCAAAUAUUUUUAUUCAAGCAAACAUGAGUACAGUUCUUUCGUCAUUCAACAUGGCUCGGAACGUAGAAAAAAUUGAAGAUUUGAAGGAAUUAAACUACAACAUUUUAUCGGAUCGUCUUAAUGAAGCUUUUCUGACUGAUUUAGGUUCUAAAAAUAUUGAUAAAAUUUUCAAUAUCUCAAGCUGUUCUCAGCUUCAGGAAAACGAGGCGUUUGCUGAAAUAGAAAUGUUGCUUCAUCCAUUAGUAACUGAAAACUGUUACAUGCCGAAGAAGCCACUUAUCCCCGAAAAGCACUAUUGUUACAUAACUCAACGUAAUUGGCCGAUAUUCCCUGAAAUGAACGAAAAAUUAUUGAUGUUAAUUGAGGGUGGAUUGAAUGAUUAUUAUAUUAAAAAAAUAUCAACAUUCGAAACAUCAAGAGCCCGAGCAAUAUCAAGUAAUAAUAAUGGAUCACAUGAAGUAUUAUUUUUAUGGGUUUAUUAUCCUCAGCUUAAAUUCGACUAUUGUUUUUUGUGUCGAGUUAUUCGUCGCGCGGCAAUCGCGCUUAAUUAA